GUUAUUUUUUAGAGAUUCUAAUCUGCUAGCUUUAUUACUGGAACAUAUAUAAGCUUUUAGUUUUGAGGUGCUGCUGAAUUCAGAGAUGUCUGGGAUUGUUUAUCCUUGCGCAGGGUGCAAGAUUCAACAUAGAAAAUGUGGAGAUAAAUGCGUUCUUGCUCCCUUUUUCCCACCAAAUGAUCCUCCCAAGUUUUCAGUAGUACACCAAGUAUUUGGGGCAAGCAAUAUAGUUAGAAUUCUUAAGGAUGUUCCGGUGGAGAGUAGAGCAGAUGCUGUGAGCAGCAUGGUAUUUGAAGCAAGUGCGCGAGUGGCUGAUCCAAUCUACGGUUGCACUGGUGAAGUAUAUCGACUGCAGAAGAAAGUAUUAGAGCUGCAAUCACAACUGGAAAGCACACAAGCAGAGCUCCUGAAUGCACAGGCUAGUAUGAUGUCUCCCUUGACUAGGCUUUCUAAUGGCGGUCAAGAUAAAAGUACAUUGGGUGUCACCCACGAUAUAGAUGACAUUAUCAUUCUUCAAGAUGAUGAAGAUCUGUUUGGAUUGUUAAAGAACAACGUACCAUGAAAUUUUUACUUUUUAUUUCUGGUAUAAUGCAACCAUUGAUUUGUGGAGGCCCUCGCCGGGUUGACAGCUCGCGGGCUUUAUGUCCUUGCUGGGCUGUUAUGCUCGCAGGUCUAGACCUCCAUAAUUAAUUUUUAUUUAUUUUUUUUUAAGAAAAAAAUUGAAGUUGUGCCCAAGUAGAAGAAAUGAGUAGAGAAAAUAUGUAGA